AUACAGUUUAUGAUGUUAUUAUUGUGUCCAGCUCUGUAAGCCUGAACAUUUCUAAAUAAGCAACCUCCAAAUAUAAAGACCAGAAUUAUAUACUUGGAUAAACUACCUUUCUUCUAUUAGAUUAUUUUCUACAUGUAAAGGCUUUGAAAUGCUUGUUAUCUCAUUCUUCGGUGUUUUUUUGGCUUGACUGCUGGCUUGUAGAUGUUAGUUUUGGAAUCAUGUAGUAGUUCUCCACAAGAAAAUAAAGUAAAUGUUCAAAUUUUUCCUUUCAAAUAGCCGCAGAGUUAAAAAAUAUCCCUCCAGUUUAUCUAGCAAAGUUCCUCUCACAAAAGUCUAUUCACAUUUCAAAUGAAGUUAUUUAGAUAAGGUUAUCCAAGAUACAUUUCAGAAGUGCAGCUGUAUUCAGUAUUUCAUUGUGUACUGAACUUUCUGAAUAGGUAGAAUGACCAACGUAAAAUCUGUCUCACCUCAGAGAUCAGCAUUAAAAAUGUCAUGUGGACGAUUUAGUAAAUAAGAUGUAGAAAAGAAAAUCAGAUUCCAAAAUUCUUGCCAGACUGGGAAGUUUCCAAGCCUGAACAAAUUAUGCUCCCAUUUUCUUUUUACUUUUAACAUGGAGAUGUAAUCCAGAAUGACAGAAAAGUCCAAAAUGUUAUGCCAGCCUUUUAAAAAAGGGUAUUCAGAGCACACAGAGAAGUUUUUAGCUACUUCAGAAGUAGGUGCAGUGGGCCAGGAACUGUCAGACGUAACAGGGCAUCCUGCAGUGCCAUCCUCAGUCUAAUACCUGUUGAAGAAUUAAAACAAGCUCCAUAACAGCAGCUUCAAGCUGAGCUUCUAAAAGUUGUUGAAUUUCUUUCUUUGCACCCUCCCUCAGCAGGAACAGUGACUUGCUUUUCCUAAGCUCUGCUGAAUUUACACGAAAACAAAUCUGCCCCGUUUAAAGGGGCAGCGCCCAGCAGCUGCCAAGGUGCGGGCAGCUCCUGGGGGAUUAUCCCGAGGGAUGAGGAGCGGGGAGCUGCUUCCCGCGGCUUUAACCCGCCACCUGCGCUUCUUUCACUUUUACAGAAAGGGUCAGGUCUAACUCUGCCCUUCUGAGGGUAAAGCUUCCAGGCAGCAGGUUACAGGUUUCUUUGUGAUGGCAAAAGGAACUGAGAUCUGGACCGUUAGUGUGCUCAGCACAAUUUGACCUGACACUGGGAAUUUAGGAGUGCACAGACAACUGGAAGUCCAGUGGCUUAACCUUUUCCUCCUUUUCACAGACUUCAGGCUUUUAUACUCAGAUUAUCAGGUGCAUGCUUUCUUGGCUCAUGGCUUUUUCCACUCUGUGUGCUUCCAGCAUCAGAUCUCUACCUCAGCAGCCCAAACUCUGUUCCUCUCUCCUUCUCCCCUUGCCCACCCCCCCCAAUUCUGACAGCUUUUUCUUAGCACUUCCCAGCCUGCUGUCAGAUUGCAACAACUGCAUGUGGCAUCUUUGUUGUUCUCCUAAUGUGUAUAUUAAAUUGUGCUAGCAAUUCUAACCCGCCCAGAGUCUAUUUGUUAAUCACAAGACCUAACUGCUGCUUGUAACAAGGCGGUGAUGACCCCUCUUGGGACUUGUUUGAUGUUUUGGAAAGGGGAGCAAGGAACAGUGCAUGCGGAUAGUGAAGGGUUAUUUUUUUUUCGUUUUUUUUUAAUGUUUGACUUGUAUUUAUUUCCCCAUUUAGAAAACUGUGGUUAUUUUUUAUGGAUCACUUCACAGAACAGAAGCAGUGAAACUAUUACAGUACUUAUUCCUCCCUUUUUUGUAAGAGAGAGGUUGGUGGCUCUGGCUGCAAGUAGAAACUCUUAAUUUGGGUAUUGCAGGUUACCUAACCAAACUUCUGCAAAAUCAUACUGCCUAUGCCUGCGAUGGGGAACAUUUGAGUCUUCACUGUCCUCGGCAUUCAACAAUAAGUAUUCAGUCAGCAUUUUAUGGGCAAGACUACCACAUGUGUAGUACUCAGGAGCCUGAAACCAGGAUGACAGAACCCGUAAACUGUGUGGCACCCACCUCUUUGCAGAAAGUACUGGAUGAAUGCCAAAACCUGAGAUCCUGCCAACUCCUUGUCAAUAGUCGGGUUUUUGGACCUGAUCUGUGUCCAGGGACCACUAAAUUCCUCCUUGUCUCCUUUAAAUGCAAACCUACUGAAUAUAAAAGCAAAUCAGCAUGUGAAAACCAGGAACUGAAACUCCACUGUCAGGAGUCCAAGUUCCUUAUCAUCUACUCUGCCACCUAUGGCAGAUGGGCACAUGAGGAGAACGUCUGCUCAAGAGAAGUGGAGCGCGUCCCCCCCUUUGACUGUUUGUCUUACACAGCACUAGAAGUUUUAUCAAAAAGGUGUUACGGGAAACAGAGAUGCAAAAUCCUUGUCACUAGCCGGGAUUUUGGAAGUCCAUGCCUACCUGGAGUGACAAAAUACCUCAACGUCAGCUAUGCAUGUGUUCCUAAACUUAUCCUCACAGCUGUCAACCCCCUGGUCACUGAUAGUAAGUCUUCUGUCAAACAGAAUGAUGGUGUCGACCUUGAUCCAAAGGAAUCAAGACUUCCAAAGAAAGAUGGAAUUUUUGUUAGCAGCUCCUUGGCUACGUUUGCAUACAUUAGAGAUCACCUUGAAAGAGCCGCUCUCCUCUUUGUGUCCAGCGUUUGUGUGGGAUUAAUCUUCACGCUGUGUGCUUUGGUGAUCCGCGUGUCGUGCUCGAGUGACUUCCAGAAAUUGCACAGGAAGAAGGAUCAGUUAGUGCCAGAAAGUGACAGAGUGUACGAGAACAGUGAAAAUGAGGAGGAGGAGGAAGAUUCCUCUGAUUUGGAUGCCCAGGAUGAGAUAACGGGACUUUACAGACCUUCUUACUCAGGUUAUAAUUCAGCAGCGGCAGCAGAAUUGGCUGAAAGGAUAGAGCGCAGGGAGCAAAUAAUGCAAGAAAUUUGGAUGAACAGUGGUUUGGAUAUGACACCUCCUAGAAAUAUGAAUACAUUUUAUAUUAAUGAACAAUAAAUGGCUUAUUUUGGAUGAUGCCUUAGCUCUUUUUUUAAAAAAAAAGAAAUGUACCUUCUGUGAAGGAGCGUUUGUAUGAGUGCAUAUAAUUAUUUGUAAAGUAAGAAGAAAUAUAUGCAAUAAAAGGAGAGUUUCAAACCCUU